AUGCCCAUCUCCGAUGAAUUCCCCAUGAAGAUUGCUUGGAUGGUGUUCAAUGAUGCAGACACGCGCUGCGACCGGAGGAAAGCACUGGCCACUGAGAUGCUUGAUUACCUGGAGAAGGACGAGGACGAUCGAAAUAUGAAGCUUCAGCUUCCUUGGAAAAUCGCUAAAUGCUUCGAGGACGAACUCAAAGUUACUAAGCAAGAUGGUACUAUCCACCCUGAGCUGUUCAAGCUGCUGACUGUUAUUGUGCACAUGAUCCCAGUUGACACGCAGGCAGUGGAAGGCAUGAACUCCAUGAUCAAGUUUAUCAUCAAGCUGGCUCCCGCCAUCGGCCUGGAAUUACUUUCAACCAGACUGUACCUCAAGAAGGAGCUCGCCGUCUUGAAGACAACGCGUCGACAGUCAAUCCCUCCUGGAGUAUUGAAGGAUCUGGUGGACGAGUCCGCGAAGAAUCACGAGGACAACAUGAAGGCCCUGCAGCAGCGCCGCCUGCGAGUGAGGACUAUGAGCUACAAGAGCCAAUUCCAUUACCACCACCUCCCGAAGAUCGCGCACCUGAAGGAGGUCCAGAAUCGCUUCGCGAACCCCUGCCCCUACAAGCACCCGAGGCACCAGAAGCCCAUCGUGAAGAUGAGGGCCCACGUCUGGCUGAUGCGGAUCCAGAUCCAGCAGGCAAUCGAGCUCGAGCUGCAGAAUCUGAAGAACAAGCGCAACUCAGAAUUCUUCAGCCAAGCAUUUUCUGCUUACCAAGUUCAUGCGCUUCAGCUUGUUCAGGUGAAGUGGAUAUUUGAGUCCAUGAACCGCUGCAAGCUGGAUGGGGAUCCAAUUCUGACUGCAAACUUUCGGUCUGCAAGGCGUCGCAGUUGCGAGGGUGACCGCCGGGACCCACCUACAAAUGCCGAUGACGACGAUAUCCUCGACGCUCUGUGGGAGGCGAUGAAAGAUGAUGAAAUCCAUGCGGCCGACGGUGAGGACAUGCAGUUCGACGAGGCAGUGAAUGCGACGAGUGCAGACGGCAUAGAAGAAGCGGUGGCUGCAACCAUGACGGCUGAUCUGGAGGCGCGAGCUGUACAACGCCUCGGGCAACAACAAGACGAUGGCUUGGUCGUGAACGAUCCAGAGACUGGCCUGCAAGAUGAACUUUUGCAGCUCGCAUCUGAAGCCGUGCGUGUUGAUGAAGACACUCUUCCUGCUAGACCAGAUCCACAUGCCGAAUUCUCAAUGAAACACGUUGGCCAACUGAUGCACGCGUGGUCUACUGGGCUGGCCCUGACUGUCUUUGGCAUUGAGUUCGCAUCCGAUAGCGACAGGGACCCGCUUGAUGUCAAUAGCGUUUCGCUGAUUGUGAAUAUUGAUGCCGCUGUUGGUACGCACUCAACUGAGUUCAUCAGGUGGGACAUUCCCAAAGUCGUUGGCCGAUUGUGUGACCUCGAUGAGAAUGAACGCAUACCAUACAGACCUCCUGGGAAGGAUAAGAAAUACCAGACGCACAUGGUGGAUCGGCUCGCCAGCGGUAAGACUCAGAUGCUGGUGAACGACAUCG